AUGGACCGAGCGCGUCUGGAAGUGGCGUCCAGGAGGGAAUCUGGCCACUGGCUACACGCUUUCCCCUCUGCCAGUACCGGUACCUUCCUGAGCGCCGAAAUCAUUCGCAUAGCUGCAGGCCUCCGCCUUGGUGUCCCAGAUUGCUCCCCUCAUCGGUGUCCUUACGGCAAAGACGUAAGUGCUCUGGGUCACCGCGGUCUUUCCUGCCAGCUGAGCGCCGACCUUUCACCCAUUUUAAGGUUUAGGAUUUCCGGCUCUGGAAAAAAUGACCACCCACAAAAAUAUUUCGUGAAGAAAAUCUGCGAUAUUCUUUUUUAUUUUGGUACUGGCAACUGCUGGUACGAAGAAAGAAAUCUUACCACCAUCCAACAAUAUAUCUACUACGUAUACGCAAUAAUUCUUAACGUGUAUCUUAUCGGGAAUCUUAUUAAUGAAUUCCUUGCAAAAUUACGGACUGAUUUGACAAUGAAGGAGAAAAAUGAUCUAACACAUUCAUUAUUAGGUCAUUCAUUCCUGUAUUGUAAAAUAGUUAUGUUGUAUUUGAUGAAGAGGCGUAUAAAGGUUUUGUUGAAGAGGUUUUUCGAAGAGAAGAGAGAAUUUGCCUGUUUGGAUUUAGAUGAAGAGUCCGUAAAGACAGCUAAGAAGUAUUGCGCUUUAAUGGUCGGAAUUGUAUACUUCACGGUGUUUGCGGCUACUGUUGAUGGCAUUAAAAUGCAUUUGACUUAUGGUAUACCAAUUCGCACCGAGAUACUAUUAUACCCCACGCCUGCGCACUCAGGGCUGUUCAUCAACAUCUUAAGGUUCCUGGCAGAGCUCCACUGGUGGUACGGUGUGACGAUCAUGAUUAGUGUGGACUGCAUCUGUGUGUGUUUCCUUGUCUUCACGGGAUAUAGGUUCAGGACUCUAAGGGUGUACUUCGAAGAGCUUGGGCAGAAGUAUCAAAAAGAUGCCGGAGGGAAUCUGGAUGUUCUGGAAGAAAAAUAUAUAAAGGAUUUCGAAAGAGGAAUUUUGUUUCAUAAGGAGAUUUUAUGGUGCACUCGCUACGUCCAAUACGCUCUAGGCAAUUUGUACAGCGCUCAAGUCGUGGAAUGCAUCGUUCUUCUUGUAAUUUGUCUUAUAAAAAUUGUGAAACUAGAGGGCAGUAUAACAUCUCAAUUUGCGAACCUGAGCUACAUAAUAUGUUUGGUUCUUUUGACUGGCGCCUACAUGAUGAGUGCAGGGGAUAUUAGUUGCGAAGCAGAGAUGAUCCCCACAGCAAUUUUUCACUCCGGCUGGGAACUAACGAAAUUAAGCAAGAAAAUUCGACAUCUCUUUAUAAUGACUCUUAUAUGCAGUCAGGUUCCAGUGUGUAUGACUGCCUUCGGUAUUAUGGUACUGUCUUAUAAUAAUUUUAUAAUGGUAUUGCGAUCUUCUUAUUCUUUCUUCGCUGUGAUGUAUUAA